GCGAAGCUCACCGAUGAGGUUCGCAGCCAGGUCGCCAUCUUCCUCGACACCUUCCUCCCCGAGUGGAUCCACUUCAAGGUCGCCGACGAGGGCACCUACCUUGACGCGCACGUCGGCCCUAGUGCCGGCAACUUGAUGCAAUUGGCGACCUCCGGCUCCAACCGCCGGCCGCGUUUGGUCGCAGUGGACGACGCGUCCCCAAUCGAUGCCAACGCCCGCCUCUACCAGACGUCCGCGAUCACUGUCCUCGGCCACCUCGCGCAGUUCCUCGAUCUGCCAGCCCAGAUGCGCCGCAAGGAGUUCUACGCGGCCCACAAGAUCCUGCGGAUGCCGCCGAGUACGUUCCGCCUCAAGGACGCCCAUGCGCUGAGCAACUGGAUGCCUGACACG